GUAAGUUAUAUCGGAAAAUAGUGAAGCAAAUAGAGUUACGCAUCAAAGAAGAUAUGUUGAAAGGUUUAUAUGAUCCCAAUAAUGACUAUAGCAGUAAGUGGAUUUAUUUUGAGGCCAUGGAAUUUAUGAAGGACAUUCAAACAGGUCCGAUAAAACUUCGUAAUUCAUCUCACAGAUUUAACUUAAUCGCUGAAAUCCGAAAAAGGCCAGCAAUAUGGGAUAUUCAAAGUAAAGAACAUAAAUGAAGUAGAAUUUUGCAACAAACUUGGAAAGAAUUGGGCCGCGCUAUGGGAGCAGAUGUUGAUUUCUGCAAGCGUAAAUGGAAACAGUUAAGGGGUAGUUAUACCGAAGAACUGAAGAAGUUAGAGUUACGCAUCGUAGAAGAUAAGAUAAAUGGUUCGUAUGAUCCCAACAAUGAGUAUAAAUGUACCUGGAUCUUUUUUGAACACAUGAAAUUUAUUGAUGGCACUAUAAUGCCAAGACCCUUGAAACGUGGUAAUGACAAUAAUAGUGCCGAUAAGAACUCUCCCCCAUCACCUUCACAUCUUAGACAAAAUUCAUCGGAAAACCAAACGACAGCAGAUGAUAAGCCAACAACCUCAAAUGGGAAGUGUACUAAACGCUCUUACGAUCAGGCGAAUUUCUUGGAAGAUAUCGAAAAGGAUAAGCACAAGUUAAUUAAAACGCCACAUUCAGAUAUAACAGAUUCCAAUAAUAUGGUUCAUCUUACCGAUUCCGACUAUAAUUUCUUGGUCAGUUUUUUGCCGCAAAUGAAAAAGAUCAAUGUGCUGCAAAACUUACAGUUUCGUACAAAAAUUACCAAUUUGAUGUUAAGUCUUAUGUCACAGUCUAAGGCUAACUAACGAUACAGUGUUUGUCUCUUCAUCGCGCGAAAGUAAAUUCGAAAAAUUAUUCUUAGUUUAGUUAGUGUAUGAAACAUAAUUUUAACUUGUUAAUAUCGAUCUUCAACACACAUUUUAAUAAUAAAUAAUUAAAAAUAUAUUUUUAAUUAAUAAAAUAACUCAAAUGAUAAGUAACAAAUCAUAAA